AUGCCAGCCAACCUUACCGAGGGCAGCCCCGACGCCAGCGGCUCCAGCGGGACCACGCAGACCCCGGAUGCUUCCCCAGCCCUCUGCACCGAAACGGUGACUUUCACUGAAGUGGUGGAACGGGAGGAGUGGGGCUCCUUCUACUACUCCUUUAAGACUGAGCAGUUGAUCACUCUGUGGGUCCUGUUUGUUUUAACCAUUGUUGGAAACUCCAUGGUGCUGUUCUCUACGUGGAGGAGGAAGAGGAAGUCCAGAAUGACCUUCUUUGUGACUCAGCUGGCUAUCACAGACUCUUUCACAGGACUGGUUAACAUCUUGACAGAUAUCAUUUGGCGUUUCACCGGAGACUUUAUGGCACCUGAUCUCGUUUGCCGAGUGGUCCGCUAUCUGCAGGUUGUGCUGCUCUAUGCCUCUACCUAUGUCCUGGUGUCCCUCAGCAUAGACAGAUACCAUGCCAUCGUCUACCCCAUGAAGUUCCUGCAAGGAGAAAAGCAAGCCAAGGUCCUCAUCAUAAUUUCCUGGAGCCUCUCGUUCCUCUUCUCCAUUCCCACCCUGAUCAUAUUUGGGAAAAGGAAACUCUCUAACGGUGAAGUGCAGUGCUGGGCACUGUGGCCUGAUGACUCCUACUGGACCCCGUACAUGACCAUCGUGGCCUUCCUGGUGUAUUUCAUCCCUCUGGCAAUCAUCAGUGUCAUCUAUGCCAUUGUGAUCCGAACCAUUUGGAUUAAGAGCAAAGCCCAUGAGACUGUGAUCUCCAACUGCUCGGAUGGAAAGCUGUGCACCAGUUAUAACCGAGGGCUCAUCUCAAAGGCAAAAGUCAAGGCCAUCAAGUAUAGCAUUGUCAUCAUUCUCGCCUUCAUCUGCUGUUGGAGUCCAUACUUCCUCUUCGACAUAUUGGACAACUUCAGCCUCCUUCCGGACACCGAGGAGCGCUUCUAUGCCUCUGUGAUCAUUCAGAACCUGCCGGCUCUGAAUAGUGCCAUCAACCCACUUACCUACUUUGUCUUCAGCAACUCCAUCUGUUUUCCCUGUGGGCAGCAAACAUCGCGGGAUUCCAGAAUGACAUUCCGGGAGAGAACCGAGAGGCACGAGAUGCAGGUUCUGUCCAAGCCAGAAUUCAUCUAGACUCCGUGGCGCUGGUAUGGCUAGGCUGAGCCCCAUGAGCAGUGCUGGGUCCCUGUCUCCACCUUGGGCAUGUGCAUGGAACCUGAUUUCUCCAUCCUGCUCCUUUGCACAAAGCAAACAUCCUAAUGAGUGUGCCACACCUGCAUCAGCAAGUAUUGGCCAAUGUGACGUCACCAACUAUUCAUGUCAGCCAGGAAGAAUGUUCCCUCCUUCCCCAUGACUCCCAGCCCUCCUUCUCCCCUGUCAGCACCAGAACCCAAUGGACAGAGACGACUCUGGCCCAGGGCCCGGGCUUGGGCAAGCAGAGGGGA